AAUGAAAAGCAAGACUCAUUGAAGGCAAAUGACUGUGACUUCCAAGAUUAUGUGAUUGUGGACAAUGAUUUAACAACUUGUGGCAUUCGGUCUGUUGAUCAGAAACUAGAAGAACAAGUAUCUACUGUUAACGGGAAGGAAUGUCUGAAGUUGCUGAGGGAGACGAGGAAAAGGUUACCUUCAUAG